CACACAAAUGGCGUCGUCAUCAAACUCAUACAACUCACCAUGCGCUGCGUGCAAGUUUCUUCGCCGGAAAUGCAUGCCGGGAUGCAUAUUCGCGCCAUAUUUUCCACCGGAGGAGCCACACAAGUUCGCCAACGUGCACAAAAUCUUCGGAGCAAGCAACGUGACCAAGCUCCUCAACGAGCUUUUCCCUCACCAGCGUGAAGACGCAGUGAACUCUUUAGCCUAUGAGGCCGAGGCACGUGUCCGUGACCCUGUCUAUGGUUGCGUCGGAGCCAUCUCUUACCUCCAGAGACAAGUCCAUAGGCUUCAGAAGGAGCUAGACGCGGCUAAUGCUGACCUGGCACAUUAUGGUUUGUCUACGUCAGCGGCCGGAACACCUGGCAACGUGGUGGACUUGGUUUUCCAGCCUCAGCCGCUUCAGUCGACGCAGCAGCAACCACCUCCGUUGAAUCCUGUUUAUAGGCUUUCAGGGGCGAACCCGGUGAUGACUCAGCUACCACGUGGCACCGGAGGGUCGUAUGGGACUUUUCUUCCUUGGAACAAUGGUCAUGAUCAGCAGCAGCAAGGAGGUAACAUGUAAAUUAUGCAUGUGUACUCUCUCUUUCACUCAUCUCUCU